GGAAAAGAAGAAAGAAANUUGAAUCCUUUUUAUCUCCCUCGCUAAAACGCGCCGGCGGCAAAUCCCAAAAAUUGAAUGAAAAUUUUCCGUCCACUGCACGCUGUUCGAGCUUAUAUAAUAAGUACAGAAACUAACUGCACAAUUUUUAUUGACUAUGGCGUACUAUGAUUUUGAGCCCCCAUCCUUCUCUUUGGGUCUCGAUCUGGAGACUCAACCCGACCCAUUACCCCAACCAGCUAAACGGCCUUCAACGUCGGCCAGUUCCCGUGAACUAGAGGAAGACGAUGACAAUGAUGAUUUCAAAACCCCUAUUAGGGUUACUGAUCAAUCUUGUGAUUUCAAGAGGCUUCGCCGUGGACCCAAGGUUGUUCGGCCCGCACAUGAGGCCCGAAAGGCGGAGUCGAUUGGUGGGCUGUUUGAUGUCAUUGAGGAAAUUGAGGAUUUCUCUUCAGAUGAAGAUUGGCCCAGAGGAAGAAUAAAUUCUGUAUGUAGCAGCUCAAAGCCUUCACUUUUGCACAGGCAAGGGGUUGUAACUACAGAAUCUGGAACCCAAUUUAAAUCAAACAAGGCAAAAGAAGUUCCGUAUGUGUCGGCCUCAAAGAAUGUAGAAAUAAAUGGCGGCAAAACACUUAAUCCUAAAUUAACAGCAAGUCCUGUUAGAAGAUACCAGUUGAUCAAUUCUGAUUCAGACUCCGAUGAUCCUUCCAUGAUUCAAGACCCUCCCAAAGAAGAACCUGUUGUAAAAUUGUCACUGCCAAAGGAUGAACAUCCAAAUUCUCGGUUCAGUAUGGGGAUGAGAAGAGAAUCAACUGGCAAAUCUAAAAGUGAAGACUUAUGGAAAGACUUCCCUUCUGAUAAAAGCCUCCGCGUGCCUACACCCGCAUUUGACGAGCUCUUGGAAGAAUAUUUCGAUAUUGCGAAAAAUAAGAGUAAACCAGAAAUUGUUUGUAAAGAUAGUUACAACGAGACUAAAUUGGACAAGCCAACGCUUCCUCCUGCCCGUGGCUACUUUUUCCACAAAGAUUUAAGAGUUCAGAAACUAGUUCGUGAUCGUUUACCCUACUUCUUCCCCUUGGGAGUCGAAAAUAACAAAGAAUAUGAGCAACAGAAUGGGGUGGCUAUUGAUUACUUGGGCCAAUUUUGUCAUGAAGGCACUAAGCAGACAAAUCAGAAGCGAAAUAUGGAGAAAAGUUCGAGGGGAAAGGGAAGCAAGAGACCUGUAAAGCAAUCUCAUGUUGAGAGCGUAUCAGAAGCUUCUACCAGCUGGGUGAAUCCAAGAACUUGUGCUGGCCUUCAAAAAAAUGGUGGCAGCAGAAGGGUGCAAGCAGUGAGUAAAUCAGCUGGUCACUGGUACACAGGGCCAGAUGGUAAACGAGUUUAUGUGAACAAACAGGGGAAGGAGUUAACUGGUCAAAUUGCUUACAGGCAUUAUAAAAAGGAGAGUGGAAUGGGUUUCAAAACAUCAAAGAAGAAAAAUUCUGCAACGAAGAAAGCUGCUGCAAACAAGUCUGCUUCAAAGAAGAAAUGAAUAGACUACAUUUAUGUGCCUUGUACAUAUUCCUAGUUCGGUUUAUGAUUUGUCUUUUCCAGCAAGUCCCUUAGUUUUGGCCCUCUUGUUACGUUUAUCUUAUCUCAGUUGAACUAAAACUGGGGUGUGGCUAUAAAUCAGGCUUAUCAAUAACAUCCAUAUACUUGAGAGUUAUGUUGCCAUUUGUGGUUUUGCACAUUUAAGGUUUUUAGUUUUGUAAUGAGCUCUCUCAUAAAUGUAGUUUUCGAGCUAUUGCUUUUACGUGGUAUUAAAUUUUGAAUCUGCCAUGAAGAGAUCUCUUUUCAUGUUAUAUGAAAAGGUGGAAGUAGCAAAAUGUGAGUUUUUACUUUUAGAAUGACAAAAUUAUGGAGUUGACUUGGUCAACUAAAGCCAA